UUAUUCUGUCAUUUCAGCCAUUAGAGGUCUGCUCGUUCUGCUUUUCGUUUUCGAAAAUUCACAGACGCUGUACUAUUAACGAUUCCAUUUAAUUUGCUGUAAAUUGUAAAACUACAAUCAAUCCAAAAUGAUGGGCGAUAAAAGCGACCAGAGUAUCAUGGAUAAAUCCAUGAGAUCGGUAUUUGUUGGUAACAUUCCGUACGAGGCGACUGAGGAAAAGUUGAAGGAUAUCUUCAGCGAAGUGGGUCCAGUUAUCUCACUUAAACUCGUAUUUGAUCGUGAAAGCGGCAAACCGAAAGGAUACGGUUUCUGUGAGUAUAAAGAUCAGGAAACAGCUCUCAGUGCAAUGCGUAAUCUCAAUGGCUACGAAAUAGGCGGUCGAGCCUUACGCGUUGAUAACGCCUGUACGGAAAAAUCUCGCAUGGAAAUGGCUGCUUUGCUUCAGGGACCGCAAGUAGACAACCCGUACGGGGAUCCGUGUGAUCCUUCGCAAGCUCCGGAAAUCAUAACAAAAACGGUAGUCUCCCUACCACCGGAGCAAAUGUAUGAAUUGAUGAAACAAAUGAAAAAUUGCAUUCAAAAUAAUCCGAUGGAAGCUCGAGACAUGUUACUGAAGAAUCCGCAAUUGGCUUAUGCACUGCUCCAAGCACAAGUGGUGAUGAGAAUUGUUGAUCCUGCAACGGCAGUUAAUUUUCUCCAUAAAUCUAACCAGAUGCCACCGCUUUUGACGAAUGAUUUAAAUAUUUCUCCUUCGCAACAAUCUCCGGCGCCGCUGCCGGUUCCAGCCCCUCUACCGAUUCCACCAGUUGGGUCAUCAUCAUCAUCAUUUGGAGCCAGUAUUGGCCAUGACGUUGAUUUGCGAAAUGUUGAUCCUCGCUUAGGACGACAAAUGAACCAAAUGGACCAAGACAUGCGAUCUUUGCCAGCUGCUGGUCCAGUUGGUGGUAUUCCGCCACCGAUGGAUAACAUGGGUAGUGGAUUUAACCAACGUGGAGGACCUCCACCACGUCCAAUCGGUCCUCAGGCACCGCCGCAAUCGAACCAAUUUCCUGUGGAUCCACGCCAGCGGCCAGUUGAUCCCCGCCAAGGCCCGAAGGACCCACGCCAGCAGCCUAGUGGUUCUGUUGGACCCGGGGGACGAUCGGGACCACCGGUUCCACCGUCAUCAUCGGCAGCUGCUGCCAGUGCUGCAGCCGCUGCCUCUUCCAAUGGAAUUCCGAACGAUGCUUCCGAUCAGGAGAAGGCUGCACUAAUUAUGCAGGUGUUGCAGUUGUCCGAUGAGCAGAUUGCUAUGCUGCCACCAGAGCAGCGCACCAGUAUCCUUGUGCUGAAGGAGCAAAUAGCCAAGAGUACCCAGCGAUAAAUUCGCUUGAUAUCGAAAUCUUUUGAAACUUUGUAUGGAUGUGAACAAAAUGCAUCAUUGACGAUAUAAAAAAA